GGUAGCAGCGAAGAUGCUUCUUGCCCUAGGAACCAUGUGUAUUUAUUUACAUCAUGGCUGACCGGCUAACGCAACUUCAGGACGCUGUCAAUGCGCAAGCGGACAACUUCUGCAACAGCAUCGGUAUCCUGCAGCAGUAUGCCGCGCCCAGCAGCUUCCCAGAGUUUGAGAAAUCUGUUUCCAAGCCUGGACAGCAACCUCAAGAAGAUUACCCACAGCUGUUUGCAUCACUCAUAGCGAGGACUGCAAAGGAUAUCGACGUCCUGAUCGACUCCCUGCCAAGUGAAGAAGCUUCUCCUGAGCUGCAGGCGGCCAACCUUAGGCGGCUAGAAGUAGAGAACCAGGAGGCAGCCCGGCGCCUGGAGGAAGUGGUCCAGCAGGGGGAGGCGCUCCUGGAGCAGAUCCAGAAGGCAUUGCACGACAUCGCCGAGUCGCAGCUAAGCAUGCAGCACCUGGACGAGGCUCCGCCCAACUGACUAGUCGUCCAGUCGCACAUCGGCUGCACUGUUCUCAUCAGCACGUCCCAAGCUUUUAGAACUGUGACCUCUAGAGAGCCUCCCAUGAGCUGCCCCCAAUCUCGGACUCUGUAAUACGGGACUCGGAGUGCACUUUUUUGUCCUGGGCUCAGCCUGGUGACGUGGUUGUGUGGCAUUUCUCACUGCUUCAGCACAUGUAUAUAAGUUCCUUUUUAUUUUUUUCCCCCUGUUCCUUGUUAAGUACUGACAUAAAAACAUGUUUUUUUCACAGG